GAAGAGAGGAUAGAGAGAGACAGCACCUGCCGCCGCGUUUCCUCCCCCUCGUUGAGAGAGCGACCAUGACGCAGCCGCCGCGUCUCCUCCCCCUCGUUGAGCAAGCGACCAAGACGCUGCCGCCGCUGGGCAAGAAGACCAAGGGGCGACAGCGCAGGGAGAACCGCCGCGUGGAGAAGAAGGAGUCGCGGCAGGUGACCUUCUCCAAGCGGAAGUCCGGGCUGUGGAAGAAGGCCGCCGAGCUCGCCGUGCUCUGCCGCGCCAGCCUUGCCAUCGUCGUCUUCUCCGAGGCCGGCAAGGCGUUCGCCUUCGGCAGCCCCUCCACCGACGCCGUCCUGGGAUGCGCCGACGCCCUUGCUCCUGUUCCUGCUGCUGACGACGUGGAGUGGGAGGCCCUGGAGGCGCUGUGCCGGGAGACGGAGGCCACGGGCGUGGAGGUCGCGGCGGAGGCCGAGCGGAUGAGCGCCGUCGGCAAGAAGGUGGUGGAGGUGCAGACGCAGGCUGGGAAGCGUUUCUGGUGGGAGGCGGACGUGGAGGCGCUCGGGGAGGCGGAGCUGCCGGUCUUCGCCAGGGCGCUCCAGCGCCUCCGGGACAACGUGCGCCGCCACGCCGACAAGAUGCCCUCAGCUGCUCCACCGCCGCAGUAGUCCAGGGCAGGCCGAGCUUCGGUUAAU